GUGCGGCGUGCGUUAAGUUCCCUUCGCGAUUCUGUCGUCUCGUCUCUCUCGAACGUGGUCGGUGGGGCGUGCGCGCGACAAAGACAGAAACGGAAGAGUAUCACAGGCGGCGCGCGGUGACCCAGCCUGGACUGACCCACACACACGUCGUAGCCUGUCCGCGACGCGCAUAACCGGCACGAAUUGCCGUCGUCCCGACGUUGAAUAUCUUUCUCGUGUGUCACAGUGCGACGAUACGCGUGGAUUCAGAGAGGAAACUAGAGGAAUCGUUUUUUUUUUCCACGAGUGAACGAAGAAAAAUGUGGGCCGGACAGGACGAUACUCAACGAUUCAAAACCAGGGUGUUGAAACCCCCUGGUGGCGGUAGCAGCGACAUAUUCGGCGCUGGGCCAGAAGAGACAAGCCCACGCCGUGUGAAGAACCACAACCAAUCCCAGCUCGGCUCCGCGUUGUUCGGCGACGGUCCGAACAGCAACGAAACACCGCGCAACAAGCCCGGUAAUGAUUCAUACAAACGCCUGUUUGGCCCUCCCGAUGCCCCACCCACCACCCCAAACGCGAAAAAUCACAUGCGCAGCAAUAUCUCCCUCAGCGGGGAUUCGUCGUCGUCGGCGGCCUCGUCCGUCGCGUCGUCCGGCGCCGCGACGUCGCCCGCGAAGAGCACCGGCAGCUCGGACUCGAUCGCGGGCGUUUUCAACGGAUACGCGGCCAGCAAUGGCAACAACUUGACCAACGAUAUCACAGCUUUUAGGAGAAUCAAACGAUUUCGUGGAUCGUCCUGCAUAACGCGCAACCCGGUCACCGGAGACGGAGUUGACGUGACGCCGAUCAGGCGCAGCGCACGAAGGUGUCGAGAUGGUAAUCCGGUGACUGGAACUGGCUACGCAGACUCACAGAAUAACGGGCCGACGAUGCAGAACGGGACGUCCAGCUCGAGCUCGAGCAUCGGGGAGAAAUCCAACGACUCGUCGCCGGCGGCGAAGGCACCAGCAGCGGCUCGCUCACGUGUCCCGCCCGGCGGAUACUCAUCCGGCCUUUGGUAAACCGUCACUCUCUCUGCGACCUGGGGGGAUCCAAAUGCCGAUAUCCAAGCCGAUCGGCAUCCAGUCGUAACCGUCGUCAGCCCUUUCAGUCUCCCUCGAAUUGUCGAACGAAACGGAAUUGGACCCGACCUACCCUUCCCCCCCAUGCGACGAUCGAAUCCAUUCCCUUAACAAUGGAAGGGUAGCAACAGCGACGUUGAAGCGCUCGACAGAAAGACACACACACAUACACACACACACACAUACACACACACACACACACACACACACACACAUACAUACACACACGAUAAUUAGUUGUUUAGAUGACAACGUUCGACACCUCGGAAUUGUAUGCUAGAAGUGUAGGCAAUAUGUUACUCGAAGAAAGAAUAAAAAGUACAUCCUUGUAACCCAUUAAACAAACCAAAAAGAAAAAAGAACCCAGUCAAGUGCUUUCUUAAUUUCCGUGCCUUUUUAAAUGUAUAGUUUUUUCUUCGACUUUAGGGAGAGAAAGAGCGAGAAUGAGACAGAGA